CCUGAGCACAUUCUCUGCUGUGAAGUAGUGAAGAAAGAAAAUGCCUGAACCCGCCAAGUCCGCGCCCAAGAAGGGCUCCAAGAAAGCCGUGACUAAAACCGCCGGCAAGGGCGGCAAGAAGAAGAGAAAGACCAGGAAGGAGAGCUACGCCAUCUACGUGUACAAGGUGCUGAAGCAGGUGCACCCCGACACCGGCAUCUCCUCCAAGGCCAUGAGCAUCAUGAACUCGUUCGUCAACGACAUCUUCGAGCGCAUCGCCGCUGAGGCCUCCCGCCUGGCUCACUACAACAAGCGUUCCACCAUCACCUCCAGGGAGAUCCAGACCGCCGUGCGUCUCCUGCUGCCCGGUGAGCUGGCCAAGCACGCCGUAUCCGAGGGCACCAAGGCUGUGACCAAGUACACCAGCUCCAAGUAAACUGCAGCUCUACUGCACUCACCCAACGGCUCUUUUCAGAGCCACCCACCUCUUCAGAAGAGUACAUCCUGACGUUUUCACAUCACGUAUGAAUGAGGAGAAUAAUAAAGCUACUGAGCAUCAAA